CAGUGUGGACUGAACCCUUGUUGUUCUCCAGUUGUGUUUCUAACCUGUGUGUUCCUUGUUCUUCAUGAUGCUGUUUGUUCACUAAUGUCUAACAAACCUCUCAGUCCUAUAUAGGGCAGCUAAAUUUAUACUGAGACAAAAUUAUACACAGGUGGAGAGUAAAUAUGUGAUGUCCGAAUGUAGGUGGGUUUUAUUCAAGGUUUGCAAAAUAAACCGGAUGAUACAAAUUUGUGUAUAAAUAAAUCGUGCCAAAUGUCUUUCAGUAACAGAUACCAAGAUGCAAAAUGCCCUGUUGUAGGAGUAAAUGCAGCUGAUUACAGAUGCAUGACAAACGUUUCAUAUUUUUUAUCGUAAAACAUUUUGAAAACAAGGAACAAUUUUCCUUCCUUUUGUGGUUGUAACAUGACAAAAUGUGAAAAGGUUCAAAGUGUAUAAACACUUUUGAAAGGCUGAGUGUUAUGCCGUGUUUUCUAUGUAUUUUUACGCAAUAAAACUGACUCCAAAGAUCCUUCUUCAACUCAGUUUACACAAAGAAUCCAAUUUAACGCAAACCUUCGCCUGUAAUGACUGCUUUAGUGCUUUAUGUGGGUGAUGAGGGGGGCGUCUUUAAGUGAUCAAUCCAUCAUCUCAGGAUCAAAAUUGCUCCAUGCCCAUGUGUGCGUGUGUGUAUGUGUGUGUAUGAGAGAGAGAGAGACAUCAACUUACUUUGCAACACCAAGCGAUGAGGGUAAAGCCAAAGCACCCAUUGGCUCAGGGAACGACCAAUCAGUGUCAGCAGAGGAACCUCAGAGUGAAACUGCAGGGUUAGAGUUUCAGACUUGUUUUUGGCAAAACGAGGACGCGCAUCUGUAUUCCUGAAGCCUUGCCCGUGCUUAUCGUCUUGCAUGUCUGUGUUUUUAUAACAUAAUCUGAGAAACAAUACAAAGCGUAAGAAGCACCGGGAUGUACACCGCCGGGCUCAACCCGUUUUACGCAUCCAAUUUUAGCCUCUGGUCUGCAUACUGCGCCGGAGGCUUCGCUGUGGAAACCAUGAAGAAGCCGUCCUUCUGCAUCGCAGACAUUUUGCAAGCAGGAGAUGCGGAGAACAUCCCCGGAUCAUCGGCCCUCAUGGUGCACAUGGGACACCACCAUCACCACCAGCACCAUCACCACCAGCAGCAGCGCGCUCAGCAGCCGCACUCCGGCGGCUCUCCGCUUCGUCCUGCUCCCGUCGCGCCGGAGCCCUCAUCGGUGUUCGGAGCCAGGAUGAGCCCAGCGUCUCCGUACCACAGACACGGACUGCAGCUCACCGCGGUCUCCAGGACCCCGUUCAACUCCCAGCAAGCACCGCCGCCCUCAAGUAAAGACCUCAAAUUCGGAAUCGAUCGGAUUUUAUCCACAGACUUUGACCCAAAAUGCAAAGAAAAGUCUUCUCUAAGAGAUCUCAACUCAAUCGUUAGCUUGAAUCGUCAGUCAGGCCUCCACGUCCCUAUUCAGCCUCCAGCCAGCCCCUACUUCUCCUCCAUAGACCCGGGGAUGAGCGACGCGUCCUCCAUGAUGGGCUCACUAGGCAGCGGCAGCGGCAGACACUCAGGCCAGCAUCAGUUUCAGGACACCUUCCCAGGUCCCUAUGCAGUCCUGACGAAAGACACAAUGCCUCAGACUUACAAGAGGAAAAGGUCAUGGUCGAGGGCCGUGUUUUCGAAUCUGCAGAGGAAAGGCCUGGAGAAGAGAUUUGAAAUACAGAAGUAUGUCACCAAGCCUGACAGAAAACAGCUGGCAGCCAUGCUGGGGCUCACAGAUGCUCAGGUAAAAGUGUGGUUCCAGAACAGGCGCAUGAAGUGGAGACACUCCAAGGAGGCCCAGGCUCAGAAGGACAAGGAGAAAGACGAGAAGCCGGAGAAAGGAGCCUCUGAGGCGGGCAGCCUGGAGCCAAAAGAGCCGACGGAGUCUGAGUGUGAGAGCGAGGCUCGGAGCGACAGCGAGUCGGACGAAGCCGAGGAGGAGGAGGAGGAGGAGAGCGCUGACGGACAUUUGGACAUUUCUGAGCUCAACAAUAACAAGACCAGCGUAAUCAUGAGCGGGAACGCGCAGGCGGCCAUAGCGGACGCGAGCCCCACGGACGCGGCGGCCUCGCAGGUGUUGAUAUGAAAACCAGGCCACAACCAAUGAAGGAGCGUCUUUUAACCUGUUUUCGUCUGAAGAGCUUCAGUGACAUUAAAGACGAGCGGACAGUUUAGCGUCAGCAUCCGGAAACAGGUCAGUUCACUUCCAGAGAGCAGCAGGAGGAGCACAGAGACUGAUUCAUUAUUGCACACUAUUUUAGCCCAGCAGGCAGAAGGAGCAUGGCCAAAAAGUGUGAAUUUUAAUACAUGUUGCUGUUUUUUCGUAUUAAUAUUUUACAUCGCUUUAAUAAUAAAACCAGACAUAAUUUAAAUCUGAAAAGACCUACUUCUGGCUUGUAAUUACUGUCCUGGAAAGAGCUCCAGACUUGAUGAUGAUGCGGUUAUGGAUUGUUAAUACAGGAACCACUCGACCUAAGUUGUAAAUGAAAUCUUUGGACAACAGCAGUGUUCGUACAUAUUUGUUUGUUUUGAUACAUAGAUGUGCUAUUUUGUUAAUAGUAAUUUGCACUGAAAAAUGUAAAUAAAAUGUUUUUACCUGGAAAAA